CACCGAAAGGUCACUUGUUCGAUCCAGGUUUCGGGGAACUCAUUUUUUGCAUCUUUUCACUCCUACAAGUUCUUUUUAUUAGCUGAGAUUCUAGCAUACUACUAGAUUCAUUGAGUUGUUGUUAAUAACGGCAACUCUUUUUCGCUGUGGUUGCUAGUAUAUUUCAUCUUGUGACUAAAAAGUUGAGUUGUCAUGAUAUACUUGACAACAUGAAAAUGCCACGACCAGCAAAAGAAAUCCCCGAAACCUGGAUCGAACAAGUGACCUUUCGGUGUCAUAUAUCAGUUACAGCCGAACGCUCUUCCAGCUGAGCUAUUCGGGGAUUGAUGUUCGGUCGUUCGCUAUCACUCCAUAGAUGCCGCAGUCUGGGGCAGGGCCUGGGUAGACACUUCAAAGCAUGCGCAUCACGAGAGUUUGCAUAGAACAUUGUACAGUCAAAUCAAACUUUUAUUAAUUAAAGACUACAGUCUUGUGUCCGUUGAGGAACAACCUCCUCUCAGCAUACCACCGCACAGCAGCAGCAAGAACUUGGCUCUCGACAUUAGAUCCCUCCUCAGACAGCUCCUUAGGAUUCAUGCUGUGAUCAACACGAGCAACCCGCUGCUCAAUAAUAGGACCCUCGUCCAGAUCAGCAGUGACAAAGUGAGCAGUGGCUCCGAUAAUCUUGACACCGCGCUCGUAGGCCUGGUGGUAAGGCUUGGCGCCCUUGAAUGAAGGCAGGAAACUGUGGUGGAUGUUGAUGAUGCGGCCGGACAUGGCUUCGCAGAGCGUCGGAGACAAGACCUGCAUGUAGCGGGCGAGGACAAUGAGCUCGAUGCCGUGCUUCUUGCAGAGAUCGAGGAUCUGGCCUUCUUGUUGCGCCUUGGUGUCUUUUGUGACGGGCAGAUGGUGGAACUCGAUUCCGUAGCUCUCGGCGAGGGCGGCGUAGUCGGGGUGGUUCGACACGAUGACGGGGACUUCCAUGCGCAGCUGGCCGGUCUUCAUGCGGAAGAGGAGGUCGUUCAGACAGUGGCCGAUCUUGGAGACCAUGAUGAGAACGCGGGUCUUGCGGGCGACGGGGCGGAUAUCGUAGUCCAUCUUGUACUCGGCAGCGAGCUUAUCGAAAGCCUCGACGAGGUGCUCGGUGGACUCGGACUCGGUAGGUCCAAAGUGAACACGCAUGAAGAAGCGCUCGGAGACGGGAUCGGAGAACUGCUGGAGGUCGAGAAUGUUGUGCUUGUUGGCGGCAAAGAUGCCAGUCACGGCAUAGACGAUGCCGGACUUGUCAGGGCAUGACAGGGUGAGGAUGUGAUCAUUAGCCAUGUUGAAGGCUAUGGACGGCGUUGAAUUGACGGGGGAGAAUUUGGUGCAAGUGAGAAGAAUUGCGACGUAUCUUGUUAGCCUCCGUAUGUCGACCGAGUAUGACUCCGAGAACCCCACUGCGGGCUAACCCUCCACUAUCGGAGAUGCGUCGGGAUGUGGCCAUGGAAGCAUUGAGUUGGUAUUAAGUAAAUUGAGGGAAAUAUGCUGUAUCAAGACCUAUUGAAUAAGGCAGUAAUGCGACGUGGAUAUCUGUGGACUGACAGAAAUGUCUUGGGAUCGUCAUGAUGAAUUGGUAUGGCCGUCUAAUAUCCGUCUCCGCUGUGGCUGCAGGGUAACUGUAGAAUCCACUGCUGAAUCGAGUAUUCAGACGUCAGAUCUGAUAGAUAAUCAGAAAGAUACCAAGGUGUAAUAUAAUUUAUAGAAACAAUAAAGCUAAUGCAUGUCAACUCGGCCGUCACGUGGCGUUGAUCGGAAGUCCAUCCGUUCCCCACCAUCGACACUCAACUAACAUCAACUGCAAUGCAUCAUGUCAGGUGGCUCUCGGAGCCGAGAUGGCUGCUUCAACUGUCGAAGACGAAAACGAAGAUGUGACGAGGAGAAGCCGACAUGUCGAAGAUGUCAAAGAACAGGAGAUGACUGUAUCUUUCCGAGUCCAGCUUCAGCAUCGAAUCCGUUAAAGUUCAUCGUGGCAGCUUCAAAUGAUCAUUAUCUGGUCCCGAGUGACAACCAGAGUCAUAGCUUUCUGAAUCUCUCACCUCGAGAACUCGUCGCCAUUUGUAAUUCGAGUGAGGGAAGGAUUGUCUGGACGCAGGAAUCUGUUCCCCGCAGUUUGUCACCGUUUGCUUUCGAGUCGGGACGUUCAGUUGAGAAAGCUCUCGUCCAAUACUAUGUCGAGAUAAUAUCUAAGAGCAGAGUCUAUGUGGAUACAAGUCGGAAUGGCUUCCGUACAUCAGUCAUCCCACGAAUGUUCUACCAAGGUCCUCUGUUCUCCGCAGUCCUGGCCAUGAGCGCAGCAGAAUGGGCGCAAAACAUUGUCCCAGAUGGAAGAGACUACCGCGCUCUGUCAAUGCAGUACAAAGUCCGAGCUCUCCAUGAACUACAGCACGCUCUUCCAGACUCCCAAGGCAGUGAGGGCAAUCUUCUCACCUGUGUUCUUUUGGCAUCUCUCGAAAUCGCACAUGGAUCGUGUCCGACAUGGCUCCGUCAUCUUCAAGGCGCACUUGCUCUGCUUGAGAGCUUCGGGAACAGUAUUGACCCUAAUGUGGCCGAGUUUGUACUCCAGUAUUUCCGGUUUCGAUAUAUUCUGAUGGAGACUACACAACCUACCCACCAGGAUUCGUUACACCAAGCAAUGGCUGGGUUGGCCAAAGCUGAGGCUACACUCCCGCAUUCUCGAAAUCUGGUUGAUGAACAGAUUGGUUGCUCAAUGGAUCUCGUCGACAUCAUCAACGAAAUAUCGUCACUGUCCACCCACAAUAUCUCCAAGGAUCAACUGUACACAGCGGGCCAGGAAAUUGAACAACGACUUGAGGAUCUCUCUUUUCAGGGCACCGACGACUAUCUCUUACGGAGCGCCGAGUCUUUUAGAAUUGCAGCCCAAAUCUACCUCCGCCUCGUGUGCUACAACGCAGCCAUCACCCACCCAUCAAUUCUGGCCCUCCACGAAUCUCUUCUUUCUUGUCUUUCCGAUAUCAUCGUUGAAGGACAGACUCGAAGGUCAUUCCCAAUGUGGCCGCUGUUCUUAGCAGGCUGUGCGUGCUCAUCAGACGAGCAACGAAAGGUUGUGUUGGAUCACUUCAUGUUAAUGGAUAGUAAAUGGCCGAUCAGCAACAUAUCUGCUGUUUGGAACGCACUCAAGUUGAUCUGGCAUACAAGAGAUCUUCAGGUAUCGAGUACAAAUCAAGACUGGAGGGAGAUUAUCCACAAGUUUGGAUGGAAGCUCUCAUUAUCAUGAUCAAUUCUAUUUUACAUACCUGGGUAUACGCUCUAUGCUCUAAUGCGACCGCACGCUAAACUUCCAACUUCCUUGACUCGCCAUAGGAUCCCUCGGUCCAUCCCAGACUGGACACCAUGAUUCUUUAGCUCCUUCGUCUGCUCGUGCUCUUGAUUCCUCCACCAUUCGCAUGAUGAAUCUGCUGUCCUGCACCUCGUCUUGCUCAUCCUGAUCUUGAGACAACCAUCCCUCUCUCCGUCCGUCACCAGAAUUAAUUCGAUGAUCAAGUGGUCGGAUAUCAUGAGAUCCUGCGCUAGCCGUUCUUCCCGUUCUUAAUCGUACAGGCUGCCCCGUCAACAUGGCCAUUUCCACGUCCAAGUCAAUCAUUCCAUCUGAAGGCCGAUUCGGUCGAGAGGGCAUGUGUUCUGUGGACGAACUAAUCCAUCGGAAACGCUUCUUGAACAAAGAGGUCCGUGUUCGAUCGCGCGGCCAGUUCGGGUUUCGUGCUCGUCGACGUUUACGGACAUGAUGCUCGAUCAGGAGGUUCAGAGAUGGAAGACAGGCGCAGACGAAGCCUAUUGUGAUCUCGAGAGCCCUGCAAUCGUUAGACAAGCAUUAUCGGGCUGAAAAACAUACGUUAGAAUGCUAAUCGGCGUAUAAUCGACAGUGAUAUCAUCCGAGUUCAGAAAGUCCACCGCUUUGGCAACACGGAACAGUGUCAAGGCUGUAGCGAUUCCACCGGCCCCCAAAAGCAAGACAAUCUUGAUCCUUUUUCCUAUCGACAUUCUGAGUUUCCAAGUCAGAGGUAUUGGGAUCAACAGAAUGACCAGAUCCGUGACAAUCGAUAGCGAUAGAUCUGAAAAGAAGAUCUUUCGCUGGUUAAGACAUCGUGCGUUUCUGACAUCUGGGUCCCAAUAUGUCCGGAUGGGAUAACAGUUGACAAUUCGAAGUAUUUGAAUCGGAAUGUAUGCCACCAGUAAAGCCCAUAUCAAGAUCUUGAUUCCCUUGGCGACUCGUGGUUCGACAGCAAAAACUCGUGCCAUGAGAAGUAGAAUGGUCGCUUUGGUGAAAAAGGCAGCUGGGAUAUAGACAACCGUACUGGCAUAAAACCACUGACUUGUUAGAUCGAUCGUGUGACACUUGGGCUGCUCACCUUUAACCAGUUGUAAUAUUCUGGUUUGCGAAUCUCCCAAGCAUGAUAGCCUGCUCCAUACCGGGCCACUACUUUGUUAGUGACGCAACGAAAAGGGAAUGGACGUACUCAUAAAGACAGUGACGCAGUACAUGAUGGCGGUGAUCUAAAGGUUAGCCAUAGCCAAACAUCAAGAGUUGGUCAUACAAAUGCUGCUAUACACGUCCCUAAACUGUUAGCUUUGUCUAACAUGAGAUGUAGACAUACAAUCUUCUAAUCCAAAGUUCCGGCUAAUCGUUCUCUUCACAUAUAUUCGUACUAUAAAAAAGAGUGUGACAAAGAAUACACAUAUCGUCGUCAAGACAAUAUUCAACGUCCAGUAAACGUCUUCAGGAUUCAUAUAAUCGGGAACAACCCCAGGUGGGGCAUUUCGAUUCGAAUCGGGACCUGUUGCAUUCCACAUAUCGUGGAGAUGAGGCCGAAUUCAUUGCAAAGUGUAGAUGCUAGACGGGAGGCGAUGAAUACUUGAUAUCUGAAAGUCAAGCUGUAACUAGUGGAUCAUCGGGGAGCCAUCCGUCGACGAUCAACGCCACUAACGGUUGGUGCUGAACUUUGUUUCUGUUACAGGGCUUCCUUUGGAUUGAGGUCACUGCAAUGACUCAAGGCGACAGGUUAGGUCGUUGAUCCUGUGGCGUAAUUGGGCAAAACAUGUUCUUGAAUGACAUAUGCGAACGGUUACAGGUAAAGUUGGCCGAUUUGGAGGAGUAUUGAUCUUGGCAAGGCUGUACGAUCUGACCAACCCGAUUUGUUUCGGAUAUUAAGUCAAAGCGCUACCCCCCAUGAGUACAGCUUGAGGCUGCGUAUAGCAUUGUCCCAAAUUCAUCAACAUCUUCCAGCCAUCGAUCUACCCUCCGCCGUUGGCGUUUUAUUUCUUCCUCACUCAUUCCAUCUGGAAAUGGCCACAAUUCAUCCAGUCGAAAGGGUUCACUUCCCCAUUCGGCCAGAUGAGAGUUGUAGCUUUGUUCCCAUCCAUUCCGAUCAGCUUGCCAUAGAUAUUUGCUCGAUGGCGAAUAGAGUCCCCUCAACUCGGUACCGAGAUACGUGGUGAGCCCAUCAUGAGCCGACAACACAUUGUCCAGAAAGUACAUGGUGUAUAGUGUUCGUCUCUUGGCCUCGGCCAUAAUCCAUGAUUCCCAUUUCGGUAGGGCACCUCGUUGUUCUGCCGCACAUAUAAGCCCUUCACGAGAGGUCGCGCAUGCAAUCUCUUGAAGGUUGAUCAUUGCCUGACGAAGAAAUGGCAUUGAAGGCCCCAAGUGAAAGAACAGAACCAUGGAAUAGAUGAGGUACGCUUGAAACACUCCAAGAAGAUGGAUGCCUUCAUAUGCUCCUCGCUCUUCGUAAAGUCUAGUCAUUUCUCGCUGGAGGAUAUCUGCGGCGAUACUCACGUUGCCAGGUAGAGGGUCGCAUAUUCGGACCAGAGUAAAGCAGGUUGACAGUGGCACCAGUGAUUGCUGCAUAGGAUGGAUGAAUGGUGGGAGACGACCUCGAAUCACUGUCGAGGCAUAGGAUUUGAGCAUUCGGUAGACAAAAUUGAUAACACUUUGACUGUAGUUCUUGGGCGAUUGUCCAGGCAGAGGAACAUAUGAGUUGAGCCAUCGGUUCUUGAUGUCGUCGCUGUUGAUCGGACACACGAGGUCCAGUGGAUCAAAGUGAAGGUCAGCUGGCGUGUCUGUCUGGAGCGAGCUCUGCUCAAGGUCCAGAGUGUCCGACGUGUUUGAGUUUUCCCAGUUCUCCGAAUUCCCAGAGUGCUGCGAGUCUACGAUCGGCUCUCGAAAUCUCCCAGGAUAGCUGCAUGUUAAACUCCGCAAGGCACAUCGUCCACAGGUUUCUUUGCGAUCACAUUUUGCUUUUGCGGUUAUACAAUGCUGACAAGCUUUGACUCUUGUGGUGGAAUAUCUUGAUCUUGAAGGUGCCAUGAUUGAGUGAUCGAAUUGCAUCCAAAGAGUCUUAAAUAGUCGGUAUUGUGUUGUUCCGACCCGUACAUCACAUUCAUGUCGUCCGAUGAUACAUCAGACAGCCAACAAUUGACAUGCUGAAAGCAGCUCAUAUUCGUUGCUACAAAGCCAACCAAACGCCAGAAACAAUCCAACUCGCUCAUCACCAACUGUCGUUUGUCAUUCAAGGAAAUAGAAUGAGUUCCUCGUGAUAUUGGAACUCGAAGGUAUCACCGCCUCGUUUUCGUUUCCAAUUAACCCAUUUUCACAUCUCCAUUAGCCUCAGUUUGAGGAAGCAUUGGCUUCUCAUCUUCUUGAGCUCUUCGUUUGCCCAUACGGUCGAGCCAUUGCUCAGCGCUGACAAUUGUUCCAUCUACAACACCACUUACUUGAACAACCAUGUCCAAACCUUCUUUAGCCAAUACCAAAACUUUGUGUGCACCUUCAGUUAGAGCCGUAUCGUUGUCUUGUUGCCCGGCAUUCCUGUCGGUCAUGGUGGCGACACGGAAUCGUUGGGGUAGACUAGUGAGAUGACGUCGCACAAGGAUUCGUGCAUUUUCUGGCAAUGCGCCUCCUGCGUAUUUCGACACAGUAUUGAUGGCUUCUCGGAGGGUUCUGAGAACAUCACCCUUGAGGUUUGAGAUGCGAGCAGCAAGUUGAGAGCGAGAUUCAGGAUCAGCUUGUUCGCCAGCUUGUCCGUCUGGUACCUUUUCGUACUCUUCAAGGGUGGUCUUUAAAGCUGAGAUCACACGAGCAAUGUGAUCAUUGGCCCAUCGAAGCCAUUGUAGACAGUAUUUCAGACUGCGCAGACUCUCCUGGCUCAUGGCAACACUGAGACCGGAAGUAGACGUGAUCAGACGUGACUGCCAGGCGCUGUUUGGUCGUGACGGCCUUGGUGAAUUGGAAUCAGUCUCGGUAUAUGCGGGUGAUCGCAACUCAUCGUAAGCAGGAAGCGUGUCGACGGUGCUAGUAGUUGACAUGCGACGAGACAUGGUCUUUGAAGAUGGCGAAGGCGCUGUAUCCAUCUGUUCAUCGCUCAUUUGUUGCAUUCCUUCAGACUCAAAUCGCUUGUUGCUGACUGCCUCAUCCUCAUCCGUUUUGCGUCGCUUCUUGCUGUUGCCGGUUUCCAAAUCCGACGUUGAACUGUUUUGUCGCCUCCCGGCACCCAAAAACCAUCUGACACCUCCUUCAACACCCGUCACUCGACCAACUGAACCAACAGUGUUCGCAAUAGGUGUCAGGUAUCCCUCAACAUAUUCGGCACCAGAUCGAAAUCGCGGUGAAAAGUUCUUGGCACCACCGUAUGCCGAAGUGGCGCCCUCAAUUGUGCUCGCUAACAAUGGAUGAGUCGUCGUAAGGAGAGACAGAAGCGGUUCAGGCUGCGGAGACUGUGGUUGAUUCGAUUGAAGCCCAGAAGUUGGUGGACUAACUGGAAGAGAGGAAUUUCUAUGCGGCGGCGAAGAUAUAAAGUCUAUGACGUUAGAAAUGAUCUCUGUUAGAACUGAAAACAUACCUGCUCUCAAAUCACCAAGCGCUUCAGCUGCCAGUCGCACAUCUGGAUCAUCAAGGCUGACGCUACCAGCCCUCGUAUCAAGAAGACCAUCAGGAGAAGCAGCGCUCACGACACUGUUGCUACUCCCGUCAAGAUCCAUUCGUGUCGGGCUAUCAAUACUAUGCGCAAGAACAGGCGGAUAAGGCAUAGGAUGUAACGGAAGCCAGGUCUUGGUUGGUUCCAAGGCCAUUUCGCUCGUAAGUGAACUCAGAGGUGGUAACUUGGUCUCGUUAUCGGCUUCGAAUCUAGCCAAAGGAGGCAAAGAAGUUGGUAUAUCGGUAGGAACAUCAGGAAACUUUAUCGCAUUUGGUGAAGCGACAUUGGAAUAGGCUGGAGGAGAAAAUGCCAUCAAUGAUGGAGGUCGAGCAGGUGGUGGUCCGAGGACAUGACGAGACUCGGACUCCCGAUCAGGAAGCAUGUGAUUGCGCUCCAUGGUCGGCGAUAACACGGAUAUGUCAACUCAGCAUCGAAUGAGAUCGGCCAGUGGCCGCAAAGAAUAUCGCAAAGAGACAAAAGAAAUGGUAAAUCAAUAAUGGUGAUGAUGAAGCGGAGAUGUUGGGGAGAUUGGGAAUGAGAGCGAUCGUGGGGGGACAAGAGAAUCCUGUUAACGUCAGGCGCUCGCGGGACCUUCUCUCCUGCUGCAGGGAC